UCAUAGUGAAAAUCCGCCAGUUACGGUGGGGUUGCAAGGGUGAGCGCACGUUACGUUCUCGACGUCGCCGGUUGUGAGCGAGUUUUUCCUCGGAGGAAAGGAGCGUCCAGCGGAAGGAAAGGAAACAGACGUCUCGAGGAAAUAUCCUCGAUCGGCCGUUUCUCGGCGCGGAAACCUGUGCACGGAGCGAUACGGAGCGGAGCUGAAAGCUGAGCACGGCGCAGCGCGUGGAGGCGGAACGGAGCACGCUCCUCAUCGAUCCUCGACGGCGCAGUGGUGAGAUCACGAAACGUGCACGCGGUAAAUAUUUUGCGGAAUUUUCGAACGUGUUUUCUCAUCCGAGCCGAGGACUUCGUGGAAACGAUCCGAUUGAUAGUCGAUAAAUCGAUCACAUCACGGAUAACGGACAGUCGAGGAUCGUGCGAAGGACCUGUCUUUAAGGCGGUGCCGACCGGCGAGCAAGAAGACGCACGCAACUCUCCGGAAAGGCCUGCCUAUCGCAUUUUAGUUCUACCGAUUAAGAUUAUGAGUUCCGAGCCGUGGACUUUGCCUCCGAAGCAAGGUCUAUAUGACCCUACCCUCGAACGAGAAGCUUGUGGUGUUGGUUUUAUCGUCGCCAUUGAUGGGAAGAGGUCGCACAAGAUCGUUCGAGAUGCUCAGAUAUUGUCGGCGCGAAUGAAUCAUAGGGGAGCAUGCGCCUGUGAUAAUGACACUGGUGACGGCGCCGGUGUGCUUUGCGCAAUACCGCAUGAUUACUAUGCCAAUGAAAUUCGCGAAGAGCAAAACAUCGAACUGCCCGAAUUUGGACGAUACGCAACCGGUAUCUUAUUCCUCGACAAGAAUACUCAUAAAGAGGCAGAAGCCAAGUUCGAGAGGCUAGCGAAGGAAUGCAAUUUGAGAGUGCUGUGUUGGCGUAACGUUCCCACUGAUAGCACCCAGAUUGGCCAAGUGGCAAAGAAGUGCGAACCGUAUAUGCGUCAAGUGUUUGUCACCGGCGAUCAAGACGCGGAAACGCUUAAGCGACAGAUUUUUGUGCUGAGGAAGCGAUCGUCGCAUACAAUACCGCGACCAGAAUUGCGAUACUAUAUUUGCUCGUUGUCGUUGAAGAUAGUCGUCUACAAAGGCCAACUUACUGCUGACCAAUUAUGGCUGUAUUUCACGGACUUGAAGUCUCCGAAAUUCGAGACCUAUUUGGCACUGGUACACACACGGUUCUCCACAAAUACUUUUCCAAGUUGGGAAAGAGCGCAUCCUUUACGCUUGCUUGCUCACAACGGCGAAAUCAAUACCUUACGCGGCAAUGUGAACUUCAUGAAGGCGCGAGAGGGUGUGAUGAGCAGCCAGAUAUAUGGCGAUCAAUUGAAACUCCUCUAUCCGGUCGUAGAACCGAAUCUCUCUGACUCUGGAUCGGCGGAUUGUGUGCUCGAGUUUUUGGUGAUGGCAGGUCAACGAUCUUUGCCCGAGGCUGUCAUGACGAUGGUACCAGAGGCUUGGCAGAAUGACUUGACAAUGGCCACUGAGAAACGAGACUUCUACCACUGGGCAGCGUGUGCCAUGGAGCCUUGGGACGGUCCGGCUCUUCUGACCUUCACCGACGGCCGCUACGUCGGUGCUAUCUUGGACAGAAACGGCCUGCGCCCGUCGCGCUUCUACGUCACUAAGGAUAACAUGAUGGUGAUGGCGUCCGAAGUGGGCGUCUAUGAUACUCCGCCCAGCAAUGUAGUCCUGAAGAGUCGCUUGAAGCCUGGCCGGAUGCUUCUCGUUGAUACCGAAGAGAAGAAGAUCAUACAAGAUGUCGAGCUGAAAUUGCAGAUCGCUCGAAGCAGGCCUCAUUCCAAGUGGCUCAAGGAACAGAGGAUCACUAUGGAUGAAUUACGUGCUGCGCAUGUUCACAACGGUAAUGCAGAAGACGUAAUGGAGAACGGUCUAUCCACCGAGACAGCAAUUGUGAAAAAGAAUGUUAUCAAUGGCGUAAACGAGAUUUCAGCCGUAAAUAAAGUUUGGAGCGGUGACAAACGACUCUCUCUUUAUGGUUAUACUCUGGAAACUAUCAACUUAUUACUUCUGCCCAUGGUGCAAACUAAGAAAGAAGCGUUAGGGUCUAUGGGCAACGACGCUCCUCUGGCGUGUUUGUCAGAAUUCCAGCCGUUAUUGUACGAUUACUUCAAACAAUUAUUCGCGCAGGUAACAAACCCUCCAAUCGAUCCGUUCCGCGAAAAGAUCGUAAUGUCGAUGCUCUGUCCGAUCGGGCCUGAGAGUAACAUUUUGGAACCGAGCGAGUUGCAAGUACAUCGUCUGUUUCUGCCCCAACCGAUAUUGUCUUUGAGUGAUCUUGAAGUUCUCAAGCACACAACUCACCGUAAUUGGAGAACAAAAGUAAUCGAUAUUACUUAUCCUGUUGAAGAUGGACCUGACGGAUUAUUGAAGACACUGAAUCGCGUUAACAAUGAGGCUAAUGCAGCCGCUAGAGAUGGUUAUCAGCUGCUCGUGCUAUCCGAUCGACAAGGUGGUCCGACAAGAGUUCCGGUAAGCAGCCUGUUAGCUCUGGGUGCUGUUCAUCAUCAUUUGAUUGAAGAGAGACAACGAAUGAAAGUUGGUCUUAUAUUAGAAACCGCGGAAGCUCGAGAGGUGCAUCAUAUUUGCGUAUUACUUGGCUACGGAGCUGAUGCCAUAUGUCCUUACUUGGUAUUCGAGAUGGCGAAAAAUCUGAGGGCAGAUCACGUUUUCGAUGAGACUUUUACCGAUGAUGUUAUCUAUAAGAAUUAUGCGGAAGCUAUGGAACGAGGAAUCGCGAAAGUGAUGGCUAAAAUGGGAAUUUCGACUCUACAAUCUUACAAAGGGGCACAGAUAUUCGAAGCAGUUGGAUUGGCUGAUGAAGUUGUCAAUAAAUGCUUCAAGGGUACUCAUUCUCGUAUCGGCGGCGUGACAUUUGAUAUUCUGGGCAAAGAGGCAUUCGAACGACAUCAAAUAACAUACUGGAAUAAACCUAUGGAUAUAUUGGUUAUUCGCAAUCCAGGAAUUUAUCAUUGGCGAUCUGGUGGUGAGAAACAUAUCAAUGAUCCUGUCAGCAUCGCCAGCUUACAGGAAUAUGUUGUCUCCAAGAACAAUUCUGCUUAUGAGAAUUAUCGCAAGACCACGAUGGAAGUGGUGAAGGCUUGCACACUGCGUGGUCAGCUCGAGUUAAAAAAAAUACGCGAUUCGAUUCCUAUUACAGAUGUGGAAUCCGCAUCGGAAAUUGUGAAACGAUUCGCGACCGGCGCAAUGAGUUUCGGCAGCAUUUCUAUAGAAGCUCAUUCUACUCUGGCAAUUGCCAUGAAUCGUAUUGGUGGCAAGUCAAAUACCGGUGAAGGUGGUGAAAAUGCAGACAGGUAUCUAAACCAAGAUCCAGAAUUUAGCAAACGCUCGUCUAUCAAACAAGUAGCGAGCGGCCGUUUCGGCGUAACCGCCAGUUACCUGGCAAACGCCGAUGAUCUGCAAAUUAAGAUGGCGCAAGGCGCGAAGCCUGGCGAGGGCGGCGAGCUUCCCGGUUACAAGGUCACCGCAGAAAUUGCAGCCACCAGACACUCAGUACCCGGAGUCGGUCUGAUCUCGCCACCGCCACAUCACGACAUCUAUUCGAUUGAGGAUUUGGCUGAGCUUAUCUACGAUCUUAAGUGUGCCAAUCCAAAUGCUCGUAUCUCCGUCAAAUUGGUAUCCGAGGUCGGAGUUGGUGUCGUCGCCGCCGGUGUUGCCAAGGGCAAAGCGGAACACGUGGUGAUAUCCGGCCACGAUGGCGGCACCGGUGCCAGCAGUUGGACCGGCAUCAAGUCCGCCGGAUUACCCUGGGAAUUAGGCAUCGCUGAGACGCAUCAAGUGUUGACCCUAAACAAUCUGAGAUCGCGCGUGAUUGUUCAAGCAGAUGGUCAAAUGCGCACAGGUUUCGAUAUUGUAGUAGCUGCGCUGCUCGGUGCAGAUGAAUUCGGGUUCAGUACCGCCCCGCUGAUUGCCAUGGGUUGCACAAUGAUGAGAAAAUGUCACCUAAAUACCUGUCCAGUGGGCAUCGCCACGCAAGACCCAGUAUUGAGAAAGAAAUUCGAGGGCAAGCCAGAACAUGUGAUCAAUUUCUUCUUCGCAUUAGCUGAAGAGGUACGUUCACACAUGGCGAACUUGGGCAUCCGCAAGUUCCAGGAUCUGAUCGGCCGCACAGAUCUCCUUAAAGUACGUGAUGAUAUCUCUAUUGAGAAAGCCAAAACCCUAAAUCUCAACGACGUUUUACGAAACGCGCUGGACUUAAGACCUGGUGUGAAUAUUAAAGGUGGUACCGUAAAGCAAGAUUUCCAAUUAGAGAACAGACUCGAUAAUAAACUGAUCGAAUUGGCGGAACCUGUUUUGAAUGGAAUACACAAACGAGUCGACAUCGAAAUGAAUAUUAACAACGAAUGUAGAGCAUUCGGAUCAACACUGAGUUAUCAUGUAGCCAAACGAUUUGGAGAGGAUGGAUUGCCCGAGCAUAGUAUCAACAUCAAAAUGCAAGGUUCAGCGGGUCAAAGUUUCUGCGCUUUCAUGACAAAGGGUAUUCACGUUACCCUUGAAGGCGAUGCUAAUGAUUAUGUCGGCAAGGGUCUCUGCGGAGGUGAAAUCGUCAUAUAUCCGCCAAAGGACUCCGAAUUUAACUCAGAGGCAAAUGUGAUCGUUGGAAAUGUCUGUCUUUAUGGUGCAACUUCUGGAAAGGCCUACUUCCGCGGUAUCGCUGCUGAGAGAUUCAGCGUGCGUAACAGCGGAGCAAUCGUUGUAGUGGAGGGUGUAGGUGAUCACGGUUGCGAGUAUAUGACUGGUGGUUGUGCUUUGAUUCUGGGACUUACCGGCAGGAAUUUUGCUGCUGGAAUGUCCGGUGGAAUAGCGUAUGUCUUGGAUGUGGAUGGCUCCUUUAAGAGCAAAUGCAAUCCCGAAAUGGUCGAAUUGUUAUCACUUAACAAACCAGAAGAAAUUGCGUAUGUGAAGCAACUACUCGAGGAGUUUAUCGAGAAGACUGGUUCGUUGAUAGCACAAGACUUACUCGCCACAUGGCCAGAACCGACCACAAGAUUCGUCAAGGUCUUCCCUUAUGAAUACCAACGAGCCCUUAAACAACUGGAGGAAGCAAAGCAACAAACGCCUAACGUGAUUAAUGGUGACACACAGAAUGGUGUUGCAAACGGCAAAAUUAAGGAUAUAGAAGAUUCGAUAGAAGACGCGGACAUGGCACAGCGAAAAUUGGACAAAAUUAGAGGUUUCAUGAAGUAUUCGAGGCAAAAGACCGUAUACAGACCAGUCGAGAAACGUAUAAACGACUGGGACGAGAUAUAUAACUUCCAGGGUGUCAGGAAGACUCUACGAGUACAAGCAGCGAGAUGCAUGGAGUGCGGCGUUCCAUUUUGUCAGAGCAGUCACGGUUGCCCAUUGGGCAACAUCAUUCCUAAAUGGAAUGAUCUCGUAUUCCACCAGAAUUGGAAAGAGGCCUUGAAUCAAUUGUUGCAAACUAAUAAUUUCCCUGAGUUCACCGGAAGAGUCUGUCCCGCACCUUGCGAGGGUGCGUGCGUCCUAGGAAUCUCCGAACCACCGGUGACAAUCAAGAAUAUCGAGUGUGCUAUAAUCGAUCACGCAUUCGAGCAAGGUUGGAUCGUUCCUCAUCCACCAACCAGAAGAACCGGACGAUUGGUAGCUGUGGUCGGAUCCGGGCCCGCGGGACUGGCUGCCGCUCAUCAGUUGAAUAAAGCAGGUCAUACAGUAACUGUAUUUGAGAGAAACGAUAGAAUCGGUGGGUUGCUGCAAUACGGUAUACCGACAAUGAAGCUAUCUAAGCAAGUUGUACAAAGAAGAGUCUCUUUGCUCGCCGCGGAGGGAAUUAUCUUUAGAACAGGUGUCGACAUAGGCAAGGAUAUUACAAUGCAGGAACUUCGAGAACAAUACGAUGCGGUUCUGUUAUGUACAGGCGCGACAUGGCCGCGAGAUCUGCCGAUUCCAGGUCGGCAACUAGAGGGAAUUCAUUUCGCCGUAAGCUUCCUAGAGCACUGGCAAAAGAAACAAAUGGGCAAUGCAGCUCCUCUCGAUAUGCGAUUGAUGGCCAAGGAUAAGGAUGUUGUUAUUAUAGGAGGUGGCGACACCGGAUGCGAUUGUAUAGCGACUUCACUGCGUCAGGGUGCGAAGACGAUCACAACUUUCGAAAUCCUUCCCGAACCGCCGAUUCAGCGGGGCAAAGAUAACCCGUGGCCUCAAUUCCCACGAGUGUUCAAGGUUGAUUACGGUCAUGAGGAAGUAUCCCUGAAAUUCGGUCGAGAUCCGCGUAGAUACAGUACGCUAAGCAAGGAAUUCUUAGAUGAUGGGAAUGGUCAUGUAAGUGGCAUCAGAGCGGUGUCCGUUGAAUGGCGAAAGGACGAAAAUGGCCGAUGGAAAAUGGAAGAAGUACCAAAUUCAGAGAAAGUGUACAAAUGCGACCUAGUAUUACUAGCUAUGGGCUUCCUCGGACCUGAGAAAUAUAUCGCUACGGAAGUGAAUGCCGAAUUGGACGAAAGAGGAAACUAUAAGACUCCGCCCGGAAAAUAUUGUACUAGUUUAUCUAAAGUAUAUGCAGCAGGCGAUUGCAGACGUGGACAGUCGCUCGUAGUAUGGGCGAUUGCAGAGGGUCGAUUGGCCGCGAAAGAAGUUGAUUUGGCCUUGAUGGGAGAAACUGGCCUUCCCGGAAGCGGUGGUGUCAUAAUUGGCGUUAGCGCUUAAGGACCUUCAUGAGAGAUGUUGGUCUUCCAGUUAAAACAAGAAAAAUGAUUCACCGUGUACGCGUAUCACGAGGAAAGAGUCGUAUCGACUAUUAAGAGGCAGAGAGAGAAUCCUUGGAGAUCCAAGGAUGCGAGCUUCGGGAUCCGAGGAUUCGAAAGUUCCAUGAAUCCAAGGAGAUAAAAGCCUAGAAUUGUAGAGUUCAGAAAUCCAGGAAUCCGAAAAAUGCAAACAUUCGGAAAUCCACGGGUUCAAACUUCCAGCAAUCCAAUGAUCUAUAGCUCCUAGGAUGUGGAGAUUGAAGAAUUCUUCUAGGACUAAAAGAUGCUAAAAUUUAAAGAAUUAAAGAUUUGAAUAUCCGAAGAAUUUUGAGAGUCUAAAAUCAGGAAAUUCAUAUAUCCGAAUUUUUCGACAUCUAAAAAUUAGAUCUCAGAAUUCAAAAAAGAUUCAAGGAUCUAACAACGAGAACAUUAGACAAACAAGUUCCGAAUUCCAUAACUACAAAAAUUAAAAAAUUUGAAGAAUUAAAUUGUUUCAAAAAGAGAUGAAAGAUUAAGUAAUGACUAAAA